AAUGCAGAAUUAUGCACUUUUGGGAAUCACUCUUGUUUUAGUGGUUGUAUAUAUGUUAAUGACUACUAUUGAAAAGACUUCAUCAUAUUUUGGAAAAAGAUCAUCACUUAAUCAAAUUGAAGACAAAUAUGAGUCAUUAAGAAAAUAGAGAAGAGAAAUGCUUGUAAGUUUAUAGUUUGAUUAUAGUAACAUUAUUACUGGGCUUAAUCUAAUAAUGAAAGAGAUAAGGAGAAGAAACUUGAAACUUAAAUCUUUAAGAUUGAUGAUGAAUUAGAAGAGUUGAGAAAUGACUUUGAAUCACUUAAAGCUGGUAAGAAAGUUCCUUUGAAGAAAAUAUGAU